UCUCAUUCUUCAAUACCCAGUUCUUGUUUUCAUUCCUUUUGGUGCUCUGUUACUCUCUAAGGUUUUAGAAAAUAUUCUUUUGUAAGGUUUUUGUGUGCUCAUGUUUUCUUUAUAUCAUCGUGUUUGGAUUUUGGUAUUGCAGAUUGUGGAUUUAAGGUGGUUGGUUUAGUCUGGAAUUUGGAUUGGAGGUGGUGUACAUAGUUUUGAUCCCAUGGAUAGUUUCUGCUGUUUUGGUACUUCCUACUCUAAGCUUGUGGGAGGACGAGCAUCAUCAAGCUUUGGAAAGGGUAAAAGUCAUGAGGGUUUAAUCAAGUAUGGUUUCAGCCUAAUAAAAGGGAAAGCUAAUCAUCCCAUGGAGGAUUAUCAUGUCGCUAAGUUGGUGCAGAUUCAAGGACAUGAAUUGGGGCUUUUUGCUAUCUAUGAUGGCCAUUUGGGAGCUGGUGUGCACUGAUAAUGACUGUAAUUGCUGCUGCAAUUCAGUUGUAGUUUCCACGCACUGCUCAAGGUGCUGACAAACAAGAGCAGAGUUGAGUAAUUCAUCACAAAGGAACUUAAGAAGAAAGGAGAUCGAAAAAGAGAAGAAAAAGAAGAAGAAGAAGAAGGAGAUCGAAAAAGAGAAGAAGAAGAA